AUACACCAAAAGCUCGAGAGGAAGAGAGGUGGCAGCAACAACUCAACGUUAUGGCAGAAGCAGCAGCAGUAUCAGUUGCCUCCCCCAUUCUGAAGAUUGUGAUCCAGAAGCUGGGCUCUGGCCUAUUGAAGGAGAUGGGAUUGGCGAGCAGCGUCAAGAAAGAUGUGGAGAAGCUACAAAGCGUGUUAGAAACUAUUAAUGAUGUUCUUGAUGACGCUGAGAGCAGAACCAUCAGCGACAAACCUCUGCACGGCUGGCUAAGGAAGCUCAGAGAUGCUGCUUUUGAUGCAGAUGAUGUGGUGGACGAGUUCCAAACUGAAGCAUUAAGACGAAAGAUUGAGGAAAACAAUUGCAUCACCCGAAAGGUGCGUGACUUUUUUUCCCUCAACAAUUCAAUUAUAUUUCAUCAUAAGAUUGCUCGCAAAGUGAAAGAGAUCAGAAAGCGAUUGGACCAAAUUUCAGAAGAGAGAUUGAAAUUCCAUCUGAGCGAAAGAUCCAUCCCGGAAAGACCUUUAGAGCGAGGGACCUACUCAUUUGUGAUCGAAUCUGAAACUUAUGGCAGGCAUGAUGAUAAAGAGGAGGUCAUAAAUUUCUUAGGCCAUGUGGAUACCGAUAAGGAUGUCUCGGUUCUCCCAAUAGUUGGUUUGGGUGGAGUUGGGAAGACCACGCUUGCUCAGUUAGUCUACAAUGAUAGAAGGGUAGAAGAACAAUUUGAACUUCGUAUGUGGGUUUGUAUCAGCGAGAAUUUUGACAUACCAAGGAUAAUAAGAGCAAUUAUCGAACAAGUGACAGGAAAAAACUGCGAGCUGUCUGACAUAGAGAUGAUGCAGUCUCUUCUUCGAGAAAAACUAAGAGAGUGGAGAUUUCUACUUGUUCUGGAUGACGUGUGGAAUGAGGAGGAAGCAGAAUGGGAAAGACUAAAACCUUUGCUGAGGGGUGGCAAGAAGGGAAGUAAGAUCAUAGUGACGACCCGCAGUGAAAGAGUUGCUAGCAUAAUGGGUAGCUUUGCACCACUCAGAUUGCAAGUGUUAUCGACCGAUGACUGCUGGACUUUGUUUAGGCAGAGAGCGUUCGGGUUGGGGAGAACAGAAGAGACCCCAAGGUUGGUAGAAAUAGGGAAGGAGAUUGUCCAGAAGUGUGGGGGUUUGCCGUUAGCUGCAAAGGCUCUUGGAAGCCUAAUGAGCUCCAAGAGAGGCGAGGUGGAGUGGUUAGCUGUCAAAAAUAGUGAAAUCUGGAAACUACCUACGAAGGAGACCGGAAUAUUACCUGCCUUAAGAUUGAGUUAUGAUCAUUUGCCAUCUCACUUGAAGCAGUGUUUUGCCUACUGUUCGUUGUUCCCCAAGGAUUUUAGAUUUCAUAGAGAGAGAUUGAUUCAGUUGUGGAUUGCUGAAGGGUUCAUUAAUCAGCCAUCAGAUAACAAUAUGAAUUUAGAGAAUAUCGGUAAUCAGUUUUUUAAUAAUCUGCUAUGGAGGUCCUUUUUUCAGGAUGCAGAAAAGGAUUCCGAUGGUAACGUGACGGUGUGCAAGAUGCAUGAUCUGGUCCAUGACCUUGCUUGCUGUGUCAUAGGUGAUGAGGCCGUCAUCAUGGAGGCGGGCAAGGACACAAGCAUUUCCCAUCGAUGUCGCUAUUCGUCAGUUGAUAUUAGUAACCACAAAUCAUCAGAAUGUUUACAGCUUGCCUACAAAACAAAGAAAUUGAGAUCACUUAUAUUUUUGCCGUGUUUCAGAUUCAGAGUUGUAAACAUCAGAGAAUUCGUCUUCUAUGUGGUGUCAAAUCUUACUUAUUUGCGUGUACUGGAUCUACAGGGCACAGCGCUCUCAAAGUUAUCCAGCAAAAUAAGCAGGUUAAAGCAUCUAAGAUUCCUAGACCUAUCACGUACAUUAAUCAAGGCAUUACCUGACUCGAUCGCUUCUCUCUACAACUUGCAAGUGUUGGACCUUAGUACUUGCCAUCUUCUGGAAGCAUUACCUGACUCGAUCGCUUCUCUCUGCAACUUGCAAGUGUUGGACCUUAGUUAUUGCCAUCAUCUUGAAGCAUUACCUGAGUCGAUCGCUUCUCUCGACAACUUGCGAGUGUUGGACCUUACUUGUUGCUAUCAUCUUAAAGAGCUACCCAAAGACAUGAGAAAAAUGAGAAAUCUCAGACAUCUGUGCAUUGUCGGAUGUUAUCGUUUGACUCGGAUGCCACCUAAAAUGAGCGAGUUGAGUAACCUCCGCACACUGUCAAUGUUUGCUGUGGGCGAGGAGGAUGGAUGUAGCAUUGUGGAACUUCAAGGUCUCAACCUGAUCGGUAGCUCUCUCGAAAUCGAGAAUCUAAAUAAUGUGAAGCAUCCAAAGGAAGCAAUGCAUGCAAACUUGAAGGCAAAGACAAACCUGCAGUCGCUGAGAUUGUCAUGGAAUGAAUAUCCGGAUUGGGCACCGACACCAGGUCCUACAAAAAUGGAGGAGGAUGUGUUUGAAUGGCUCCAACCCCAUCCUAAUUUAAAGGAGUUGACAAUAGACGGCUACACGGGCAUCAGAUUACCCACUUGGAUGGCAAGGGCAGAACUAGUGUCAACUUUAUUUUCAAAUCUAGUCGAGCUCAAAUUGUCGUAUCUGAAGCGGUGCGAGCAUCUUCCACCGCUCAGCCAAUUGCCCUCUCUGAAGCGUCUCGAUAUAUCUGGAAUGGAUGCCUUGAGGAAAAUAGAGGAGGACGGCGGCAGCAUGUGUGUUUCGUUAGAAGAGUUCAAAUUAACAGACAUGCCUGAAUUGGGGGAAUGGUGUGUAAAACCAACAACAGAAUCGUUCCCUCAUCUUAGGUUAUUGGACAUAGGAUCGUGCCCCAAUUUAGUGGUGCAACCAUGCAUCCCAUCCUCCGUUGAGGAUCUUAUAAUAUUAAGAAAUCAAAUGCUGUUAUCGGCAGAAAGCAUUGGAGGGUUGUCCAAACUCAAAAAACUGUGGAUUAUUAGCUGUGGAGUAUCAUCAAAGUCUGGGGAGUGGGGUGGGCUGCAAUACCUUACUGCUCUUGAGAGUCUAGAAAUUCAAUACUGUGAUGAGCUGAAUUGUUUGCCAGAGGGUGUUAUGUACAUGUCCUCACUCCGAACCCUUUCUUUGUGGGGCAACAGAAAUCUAAAGAGUCUAGAAUGGGGAAGAAGGGAGCCUUUGUUCACUGCCCUCUGCAGUCUGACGAUACAGGGGUCCCCUAAAUUGACUGCUUUGCCGCAGUGGGUUGGCAGCUCGCUCCAGUUUUUAUCGCUUGGGUCUUGUGACAACCUCGCAAUGCUGCCAGACCUCCCUACGCUUCGAGACUUGGAGAUUGAGGACUGCCCCCUUCUGGCAAGACGAUGCGAGAGGGAGAGAGGCGAGGACUGGCCCAAGAUUGCUCACAUCCCAAACAUUUUCAUAGAAGAAGUAGAAAAGGAGGAAGAUAGAGAACAAACCAGCUAAAGAUGUACCUUCGCUACGAAAUAUGCCAGCCAGUUAAUGUUACCAUGCUGCACUGGUCACAGUUGAGGUUCCAGCAGCAGCUCCAUUCCGUGGAAGUACACUCUUUUUGGUGCGCGUCACCCUCCUCUUUUCUUUCUUUCUUUUUUU